GUACGCGCCCAUAAGUUGACAAGGGGACAAGUUUUCCUCUCAACGUCCAAAGUGUCAGUGUGGACCAGACUGCCUCCUACCACCAGCAUGCUUCUGCCCAGCAAGUGCUGCGUUUUGUCUGCCUUUUGGCUCUUCUGCCUUUUCGGGACCUUCGGCCAAGCCAAACGAGAAGAGGGAGCGUUACCUGAACUGUUCAUCUUCAAGGAGCUGUGUGCCCUUAAACAGGACCCAGGGCCUUGCAGGGCCAUUAGGGAGAAAUACUUCUUCAACAUUGACACGGGCCAGUGUGAGUUGUUUGAAUAUGGAGGUUGUGGAGGAAAUGCCAACAACUUUGAAAGCUUGGAGAUGUGCGAAGAAACAUGCAUUGUCUCAGAUGACAAGGACCCAUGUCAUUUGCCAGAAGCUCCAGGUCCCUGCCGCGGCUUGGUGACACGUUACUUCUUUGACAGCAACAGUCAGCAAUGCAAGCGUUUCUUUUAUGGGGGAUGCUUUGGCAAUGCCAACAAUUUUAGAAGCAUGGCAGAGUGUCAUGCAAAGUGUCAAAACCAAGAAAAAGUGGAAGUCCCGCUUCAGACCAGUUCUAGAGACAUCAGUGAUGUGCAACCAACCACACUAACUGAUGAGCCAACAGCCAACAAUGCUGUGGUGCACAUGAAUGACACUGACCAGGACCCAUCACCAGACUCAAAGCUGCCGGGUCUGUGCUUCAGCCCUGUGGACAGAGGAACUUGCUUCAGCCAGGAGCGCAGAUUCGCGUACAAUCCUAAGACCAAGAGGUGCCACGUGUUCCCCUUCAGCGGCUGCGGAGGAAACGACAACAACUUCAAACACCGCAGACAGUGUGUGAAGACAUGCGUUAAAAGUCGAAAGGAUCGUGGAAUGAAGGUGAUCCGAAUGAGCAAGGAAAAUUUUCUCAACAUUCUUCAUAGCUCCGCCUGAACACCUUUUUCUAAUUUUGCACUGGAUUCUGCACUACUCUACAGUCACCUAUAUUUAUCUGCAUAUGGUUUCUACCCUUAUGUGUUUAAUAAUACACUGUAAUGAUUUGUAUUGACCACAUGCAAUUUAUAUUAUGCACAUGAUUUCACUAUGUAAUUGACCAAAAAAAUUGUUUUGCACGUGCGGUAAAAUUUAAGCAUUUUUUGGGGGGGGGGUGAAAAUUGCUUUUAUAUUCAACACAUAAUUCCAAGUGUAACUUUUUGUGAGCACAAAACAUAUAUGCAGUAGCUUAUAUAUGCAGUCUGAUAUGUACUGUACCUUAUAUGCAGUUUGUUUUUCCACAGUUGUGGAGAUAUCUGCAGUCUUCUUAAUUGCUCUCCACAGUAGUUUAAUUUGUAUAAGGACGAAGGCAUGGCACAGUGUUUGCCAUUUGUACAAUGUACCACAAAAAAUACAUCACAAGCAUUCUACUGCUCGUUCAUAUUACAGUAAAUUUGAUAGUUUGGUGAUGCUAUUGAAAAGCACCAGGGGGCAGUGUUGUUCAAACUUUUAGUUCUCUUAAAACAGUUGACGUAUUUACUUGUUUUAACCAUGCUUUAAUAAAAUGUUACUACGCUAAAGUUUA